AUGGACUAUGAUGAUUACUCGCUAGACGAACGCCCUUCAUGGGGUGUGGUGUCACCCAGAGAAGGUGGUGGCGAUCUUGGUGUUGUCAGGGAUACAUUGAGGAAGGAACAAGUAUUGAACGCGUUCCCCAAUGGUCAAAUAUUGAGUUGUAACAGGUUUUGUUCGGUAGCCAUGUUGGCCAAAGUGCAAACAGUACAGAAAGAAGUGGACAAACUCGUUUCAGGAAACGAGACUCUGCAAAUGUAUAUCGAUAACUUGACGGUUCAAAUGGCGAAAAGGAGAUAG